AUGCUAUUUUGGUACCGCAUGAGGAUAGUCAAUCUGGGCUAUGCCUUCGUGAAUUUCACUAGUGUUGUUGUUGCUGCCUCAAGAUUCCACGAGAAAAAGUGGGAGGAAGUGGACAAUAACAAUAAGACUAGUGAAAUAACCUGUGCUUCUCCAGCUUUCGACUUUUCCAAGAAUAUAGAUGAUGAGUGA